UUGAACCUCGUCCUCUUCCUCUUCCUUGGUUAAUUUCGUCCCUCCUUCCUUCCCGUGAUCGCGAAACCACCACAUAGAUCGUACCCUCUUCCUUUUCUCAAAACCAUUCCUUCUCUUACAAUGAAGAUUUUCUCUGUUUUCUUAAUAUCUUUGCUUUUCUUCGCAUUUCCUACUGCUGAUUCUACUGGAUCCAUUUACUUCGUCGAUAGUUCAAAUCAUCAGUUUUUUCGCUCUCAAUCCUCCAACGAUGGUGUUCAGUCAGAAUCGAUGCUGUUAGCUGAAGUUGGUGCUACUGUGUUAGUCUUGCUUGGUUUUGCACCCACUACCCUUUCAGCCGCUGGUUCAUCUAAGCUAAAUGAGGUUCUCGUUCCCAAUCCAUUUGAUAGGCCUCGUGCAGUUUUUAUGCUUGAAGUCAGUGGAAUCAAUGAUCCUCUUGUUGUUGACCCCAAAAAUGCUCUCUUCAGUAAAGCCUUGAAGAGUAGUGUAGAUGUAGAUUCAAGUAAAGCAGACAUUCAGCUUCCAGAUGAAGAUGAAGUAUCUGUGGUUUCUUUGGAUGAGCCUCUCAGAGAUUACACUGAAGAAGAGAUCAAUGACUUUGCUUCCUGGGUGGGUGGAUCAUAUGAAGCUGAUGCUACGAAACCUCUUCUUGGAGUUUUGACUAUUCCGUUGACAGAUGUUGACAGUGUGAAUCUUCGUAUGUCAGAGAAAGCACACAGGGAGUCUGCAUCAAGACUGCUUGCUUUGUUCCACAAUAUACGGAAAGCAAUGGAGAUGCAUGGAGAGUUGUUGAAGACUUCACAUAGACUCGCUGAGUUGAUAAUGGGUUCUUUUGAUGAUAUUAAGGUUUUGCAGGAGCUGCAAGACAGAGACGGUGUUGAUAAGCUAGGAACUAAGCUUCUGCUUCUCACACUUACGAAGAUGUAUGAUUCACUGCAGAAAGCUUAUGGAGGUCAAAUUGUUGGAGUAAUCGUCUUUAAUGGGGUAUCUCAGCCAGAAUCAAAAACAUUGAUGAAUGUGACGUAUACCUCUGGCCCAUCUCGGCGUUGGUUAGAAGAAACUAAGAAGUCCCUUAAUACCACUGUUGCUGCACAAGUGUUGGUUAGAAGGACCCUUGCUUGGGUAACUGGACUCGUUCUUAUUCUUUCAACUCUCUUGGGGGUUCACUUCCUUCUGAAUAUGCCAUUGACAAGGGAUACGCUUUUGUAUUCAAAUGUGAAGCUUGACUAAGCUGGAACAUUGCAUUAGAGCUUCGGGAAGCAGACUGAUUAUUUUUUAUGCUUUUUCAGAAGUGGGAAAUAAUUGAAGGGUAUUUAGUCUUUAAUCAGUGGAUGAUGUUGUUGGAUUAGGUAUACAUCACUUUUCAAUCAUUAUAAUUAAUUUCUUCUUCUAUCCAUGUA